AUGAACGACGAGAUCAUCUCAAAUCUUCAUAUGCUUUCGGCAGUGCAUCGAAGUCUUCCACGUGAUGCUCGUAAGGAUUACUUGUCCAGAGUUCGGGGAAAAGUCGAACAUCUCUACAAAGCUAUUCAAGGUAACAAAAAACCAGAAAUCAAUUUCGAAGUUUCACUGGAAGAAGCCAAACUCGCUGAUAAAUAUCUAAAAGAUGCAAAGAAAGUUCGUAUUGGAAACACGAUGUCUGAUCGCGAUGAAUAUCUUGGACUGCUGGAAAUUGCUGACAACGAUGAAAGAAAAUGCGUAUUCAUCCACGUGUCAAUUGGUGGAAUCGAGGAAGGAUGCAUCGUGAUUCAGCUCUUCAACGAUAUCGUCCCAAGAACCGCACAAAAUUUCGAAUCUUGGUGCACAGGAGAGAAACGGGGAAAAUAUGGAGAGCCGCUGCACUUAAAGGAAUGUGAAAUUAAGAUGAUUUUACCCGGUUCCGUCAUCGGUUUUGGAGAUUUUGAAGAAAAUUGUGAAUACUUCGAUGAUGAAAAGUCAAAAGAAAAUCACUGCAAAAAUGUCCUUUCCAUGAACAUUGACAAAUCAGAAAACUCAUCCGCUCCGUUGUUCAAUAUGGAACUCUCAGAUGGCGUCGACCGCGCUGGAAAAGCCAUCGUUUUUGGGAAAGUUGUGAUGGGAAAUCGUGUCAUUGAGAAAGUUCUCCUUGCCGGAUCCAGAGACGGAAUUCCAGAACAAACUGUGAAAAUCUCGGACUGCGGGGAAAUGUUCCGCGGCGGCCACAGCCACUUCUAGAAUAAAUGUGUUUUCUUAUUUAAAAUAUUAUUCUGUUUCGAGUUUCAAUGUUUUUAAUUUAAAUUCAUUUAUAUUUCAAUUACUUUCAACAAUAAAGAUUAGAGUC